GGAGGGAGGGGGAGUGUCCUCCUUCUCCCCCCCACCCUCUGGCGGCGGCAGAGCCAAAGCCAGGAGGGGGGCUGUCUCCUCCUCUUCCCCAGCAGCUGCUGCUCCUUCAGCUCACAAGCCGGACCCGGGGACUGGGCGGCCGCGACUCCUCGGGCUCCUGAGAAGCGGAUCCGCUCCCGGCCACCGCAAUGCCCGGAGCCGCCGGGGUCCUCCUGGUCCUGCUGCUCAGCGGGGGCCUCGGGGGCGGCCAGGCCCAGAGGCCACAGCUGCAACAGCGGCCGCGGCAGCCACAGGCACAUCAGCAAAGAGGUUUAUUCCCUGCUGUCCUGAAUCUUGCUUCCAAUGCUCUCAUCACCACAAAUGCAACAUGUGGAGAAAAAGGACCUGAAAUGUAUUGCAAAUUGGUAGAGCAUGUCCCUGGACAGCCUGUGAGGAACCCCCAAUGUCGAAUCUGCAAUCAAAACAGCAGCAAUCCAAAUCAGAGACACCCGAUUACAAAUGCUAUUGAUGGAAAGAACACUUGGUGGCAGAGUCCCAGUAUUAAGAAUGGAAUUGAAUACCAUUAUGUGACGAUUACACUGGAUUUACAGCAGGUGUUCCAGAUUGCUUAUGUGAUUGUGAAAGCAGCUAAUUCCCCGCGGCCUGGAAACUGGAUUUUGGAACGCUCACUUGAUGAUGUCGAAUACAAGCCUUGGCAGUAUCAUGCUGUGACAGACACGGAGUGUCUAACACUUUACAAUAUUUAUCCCCGCACUGGACCACCAUCAUAUGCCAAAGACGAUGAGGUCAUCUGUACUUCAUUUUAUUCCAAGAUACACCCCUUAGAAAAUGGAGAGAUACACAUCUCUUUGAUCAAUGGGAGACCAAGUGCCGAUGACCCUUCUCCCGAACUGCUGGAAUUCACCUCCGCUCGCUAUAUUCGCCUGAGAUUUCAGAGAAUCCGCACCCUGAAUGCUGACUUGAUGAUGUUUGCUCACAAAGACCCAAGAGAAAUUGACCCGAUUGUCACACGAAGAUAUUACUACUCGGUCAAGGAUAUUUCGGUCGGAGGGAUGUGCAUCUGCUACGGUCAUGCCAGGGCUUGUCCACUUGAUCCAGUGACAAAUAAAUCCCGCUGUGAAUGUGAGCAUAAUACAUGUGGGGAUAGCUGUGAUCAGUGCUGUCCAGGAUUCCAUCAGAAACCUUGGAGAGCUGGCACUUUUCUGACUAAAACUGAAUGCGAAGCAUGCAAUUGUCAUGGGAAAGCUGAAGAAUGCUAUUAUGAUGAAAACGUUGCCAGAAGAAAUCUGAGUUUAAAUAUACAUGGAAAGUACAUUGGAGGGGGUGUGUGCGUGAAUUGUACCCAAAAUACUGCUGGUAUAAACUGUGAGACAUGCAUUGAUGGCUUCUUCAGACCCAAAGGGGUGUCUCCUAAUUAUCCACGACCAUGCCAGCCAUGCCAUUGUGAUCCAAUUGGUUCCUUAAAUGAUGUCUGUGUGAAGGAUGAAAAACAUGCUCGGCGAGGUCUGGCACCUGGGUCUUGUCCUUGCAAACCUGGCUUCAGAGGCGUGAGUUGUGAUCGAUGUGCCAGGGGCUACACUGGCUACCCAGACUGCAAACCCUGUAACUGCAGUGGCGCAGGGAGCGCAAAUGAGGACCCUUGUUUUGGACCCUGUAACUGCAAGGAGAAUGUUGAAGGUGGGGACUGCAGUCGCUGUAAAUCCGGCUUCUUCAACUUGCAAGAGGAUAAUCAUAAAGGUUGUGACGAGUGUUUCUGUUCAGGGGUUUCAAACAGAUGUCAGAGCUCCUACUGGACCUAUGGCCAUAUACAAGACAUGAGCGGCUGGUACCUAACUGACCUCUCUGGCCACAUUCGAGUGGCUCCCCGGCAGGAUGACUCAGAGUCAGCUCAGCAGAUCAGCAUCAGCAAUGUGGAAGCCCAGCGUUCCCUGCCACAGAGGUACUACUGGAGUGCACCAGCUCUGUAUCUGGGAAACAAACUUACAGCAGUUGGAGGACAGUUGACAUUUACCAUCUCAUAUGACUUUGAAGAAGAGGAAGAAGAUACAGAACACGUUCUCCAGAUUAUGGUUAUCUUAGAGGGAAGUGACUUGAGGAUCAGCACAGUCCAAGACGAGGUGUAUCUGCAACCAUAUGAAGAACAUAUCCAUUCAUUGUCACUUAAAGAAGAAUUGUUUACCAUACAUGGCACAAAUUUCCCUGUCAGUAGAAGAGAGUUUAUGACAGUGCUCGCGAAUGUAAAGAGAGUCCUCAUACAAAUCACCUACAGCCUUGGGAUGGAUGCCACCUUCAGGCUGGGCUCUGUUGGCCUUGAAUCCGCAGUCCCCUAUCCUACUGAUGGAACCAUUGCAACCGCCGUGGAGAUUUGCCAGUGUCCACCUGGGUAUUCUGGCUCCUCUUGUGAGAAGAGACACCAAGCUAAUGCUUCCUCUAAUCUCAUACCUGCCAAUAAUGCUAAGUCUUGUUGGCCUCGGCACAGACGAGUCAAUGGCACUAUUUUGGGUGGCAUCUGUGAACGAUGUCAAUGCUUUGGCCAUGCAGAAUCUUGUGAUGACAUCACUGGAGAAUGCCUGAACUGUAAGGAUCACACAGGUGGCCCAUACUGCAAUAAAUGUCUUCCUGGUUUCUAUGGUGAUCCUACUAAAGGAACCUCUGAAGACUGUCAGCCCUGCGCCUGUCCACUCAAUAUCCCAUCCAAUAACUUUAGCCCGACGUGCCAUUUAGACCGAAGUCUCGGAUUGAUCUGUGACGCAUGCCCUGUCGGGUACACAGGACCACGCUGUGAGAGGUGUGCAGAAGGCUAUUUUGGACAACCUUCUGUACCUGGAGGAUCAUGUCAGCCAUGCCAAUGCAAUGACAACCUUGACUUCUCCAUCCCUGGCAGCUGUGACAGCUUGUCUGGCUCCUGUCUGAUAUGUAAGCCAGGUACAACAGGCCGGUACUGUGAGCUCUGUGCUGAUGGAUAUUUUGGAGACGCAGUUGAUGCAAAGAACUGUCAGCCUUGUCGCUGUAAUGUCAACAGCUCCUUGUCCGAGAGUUGCCAUGCUAGGACAGGACAGUGUGAAUGCAAACCUAAUGUGCAAGGACUGCGGUGUGAUGAGUGUAAGCCCGAUAUGUGGUGGGAUCCAGAGAAGCACUUCUGUGUGUUAUGUGACUGCAGUCUCGUUGGUUCUGUGACACCACAGUGUGAUAUUACAGGAAGAUGUGCAUGUAAAUCUGGCUUCGUAGGGAGACACUGCAACCUCAGCAGGCAGGUGCACCGACAGGAGGAGCAGUCACAGAGAGCGCACCGGGUGCUGGGGCCUCCUCAGAGGUGGGGUUUCAGCAGCUCCAGCGGGUGCCCUCGGGGAGCCUAUCGGCCCCCAGCUCCGCCUGAAACCUUUGGCCUACAAUCUGGAAGGGGGUGUGUUCCCUGCAAUUGCAAUUCCUUUGGGUCUAAGUCAUUUGACUGUGAAGAGAGUGGUCAAUGUUGGUGCCAACCUGGAGUAGCAGGAAAGAAAUGUGACCGCUGUGCUCACGGCUAUUUCAACUUCCAGGAAGGAGGCUGCACAGCUUGUGAUUGUUCCCAUCUGGGUAAUAAUUGUGACCCAAAGACUGGUCAGUGCAUUUGCCCUCCCAAUACCAUUGGAGAAAAAUGUUCUAAAUGUGCACCUAACACCUGGGGCCACAGCAUCACCACUGGUUGUAAGGCUUGUAACUGCAGCACAGUAGGAUCCUUGGAUUUCCAAUGCAAUACAAACACAGGCCAAUGCAACUGUCAUCCCAAAUUCUCUGGUGCAAAAUGUACAGAGUGCAAUCGAGGUCACUGGAACUACCCUCACUGCAGCCCCUGCGAGUGCUUCCUGCCGGGUACUGAUGAAAGGACCUGCGAUUCAGAGACUAAAAAGUGCUCCUGUAUGGAUCAGACAGGGCAAUGCACCUGUAAGGUGCAUGUAGAAGGUGUGCGCUGUGACAGGUGCCGGCCAGGCAAGUUUGGACUAGAUGCCAAAAACCCACUUGGCUGCAGCAGCUGCUAUUGCUUCGGCGCCACUACCCAGUGCUCUGAAGCCAAAGGACUGAUCCGUACGCAGGUGACUCUGAAGCCUGAGCAGACCAUCCUGCCCCUGGUGGACGAGGCUCUGCAGCAUACUACCACCAAAGGCAUCGUUUUUCAACAUCCGGAGACUGUUGCACAUAUGGAUCUGGUGAGACAGGAGCUCCACCUGGAACCCUUUUACUGGAAACUUCCAGAACAAUUUGAAGGCAAGAAGUUGACGGCCUAUGGAGGCAAACUCAAGUACGCGAUCUAUUUCGAGGCUCGGGAAGAGACAGGUUUCUCCACCUAUAAUCCUCAAGUUAUAAUUCGAGGCGGGACUCCUACUCAUGCUAGAAUUAUCAUCAGGCAUAUGGCUGCUCCUCUAAUUGGCCAAUUGACAAGGCACGAGAUUGAAAUGACAGAGAAAGAAUGGAAAUAUUAUGGUGAUGACCCUCGAAUCAGUAGAACCGUGACCCGUGAAGACUUCUUGGAUAUUCUAUAUGAUAUUCAUUAUAUUCUUAUCAAAGCAACUUACGGAAAUAUCAUGAGACAAAGCAGGAUUUCUGAAAUCUCGAUGGAGGUAGCUGAACAAGGACGCAUAACAGCGGUGACUCCUCCAGCUCGUUUGAUAGAAAGAUGUGAUUGUCCCCCAGGCUAUUCCGGUUUGUCCUGUGAGACAUGCAUGCCAGGAUUUUAUCGACUACGAUCUGAGCCAGGCAGCCAUACUCCUAGACCAACCCUGGGUACCUGCGUUCCAUGUCAGUGUAAUGGACACAGCAGCCUAUGUGACCCUGAAACUUCUAUAUGCCAGAAUUGUCAACAUCACACUGCUGGUGACUUCUGUGAACGAUGUGCUCUUGGAUAUUAUGGAAUUGUCAGGGGAUUGCCAAAUGACUGUCAGCAAUGUGCUUGCCCUCUGAUUUCUUCCAGCAACAAUUUCAGCCCUUCUUGUGUCAUGGAAGGCCUUGAUGAUUACCGCUGCACAGCUUGCCCACGAGGAUACGAAGGCCAGUACUGUGAACGGUGUGCCCCUGGCUAUACUGGCAGCCCCAGCAGCCCUGGAGGUUCCUGCCAAGAAUGUGAGUGUGACCCCUAUGGCUCGCUGCCUGUCCCCUGUGAUCCUAUCACGGGGCUCUGCACGUGCCGGCCUGGAGCCACAGGGCGGAAGUGUGACGGCUGCAAGCACUGGCAUGCGCGCGAGAGCACGGAGUGCGUGUUUUGUGGAGAUGAAUGCACGGGCCUUCUUCUCGGUGACUUGGCUCGCCUGGAGCAGAUGGCCAUGAGCGUCAACCUCACUGGCCCGCUGCCUGCCCCAUAUACGAUGCUGUAUGGCCUUGAAAAUAGGACUCAAGAACUAAAGCAUUUGCUCUCACCUCAGCGAGCCCCAGAGAGGCUCAUUCAAUUGGCAGAGGGCAAUCUGAACACACUCGUGAUGGAAAUGAAUGAGCUUCUGACCAGGGCGACCAAAGUGACAGCAGAUGGCGAGCAAACUGGACAGGAUGCUGAGAGGACCAACAGGAGAGCAGACUCCUUAGGAGAAUUCAUUAAGGAGCUUGCCCAGGAUGCAGAAGCUGUAAAUGAAAAAGCUGUGAGACUAAAUGAAACUCUAGGAAUUCAAGACCAGGACUUUGAGAGAAAUUUGCAAGGGCUUCAGAAAGAGAUUGAUCAGAUGAUGACUGAACUGAGGAGGAAAAAUCUUGAUAAACAAAAGGAAGUUGCUGAAGAUGAGUUAGUGGCUGCAGAAGGCCUUCUGAAGAAGGUGAAGAAGUUCUUUGGAGAGUCCCGAGAGAAGAAUGAAAAAGCAGAGAAGGAUAUCCGGGCGAUACUGGCAGACAACAAAGAUAAAGUGGAUGCUGCUUGGGACCUGUUGAGAGAAGCCACCGAUAAAAUCAGAGAGGCUAAUCACUUAUCUGCAGCAAAUCAGAAAAACAUGACUGCUUUGGAGAAAAAGAAGGAAGCUAUCGAAAAUGGCAAACAACAAACUGAGAACACUUUAAAAGAAGGCAAUGACAUACUCAGUGAAGCCAACCGUCUUGCAGAUGAAAUCAACUCCGUCAUAGAUUACGUUGAAGAUAUUCAAACUAAGUUGCCACCCAUGUCUGAGGAGCUGAAAGAUAAAAUAGAUGACCUCUCCCAGGAAAUACAGGACAGAAACCUUGCUGAGAAGGUGUCCCAGGCUGAGAGCCAUGCAGCUCAGUUGAAUGACUCAUCUGCUGUCCUUGAUGGAAUCCUUGACGAAGCUAAAAACAUCUCCUUCAAUGCCACUGCAGCCUUCAAUGCUUACAGCAAUAUUAAGGACUCUAUUGAUGAAGCUGAGAAAAUUGCCCAAGAAGCCAAAGAUCUUGCACAUGAAGCUACAAAACUGGCAACAGGUCCUCAGGGUUCAUUAAAGGAAGGUGCCAAAGGUUCUCUUCAGAAAAGCUUUGGGGUUCUUAAUGAAGCCAAGAAGUUAGCAAACAAUGUCAAAGAAAAUGAUGAUUAUCUGAAUGGCUUAAUAACCCGAUUAGAAAAUGCAGAUGUUAAAAAUGGAGAUCUCCUGAGAGCUUUGAAUGACACUUUGGCAAAGUCGUCAGCCAUUCCCGACGACACAGCCGCUAAACUGCAAGGUGUUAAGGACAAAGCGAGACAAGCCAACGACACAGCAAAACAUGUGCUGGCACGGAUUAAAGAUCUCCACCAGGACCUUGACGGCCUGAAGAAAAAUUACAAUCAACUGGCAGACAGCAUAGCCAAAACAAAUGCUGUGGUAAAAGAUCCUUCGAAGAACAAAAUCAUUGCAGAUGCAGACGCCACUGUGAAAAAUCUAGAACAAGAAGCUGAUCGUCUAAUAGAUAAACUCAAACCCAUCAAGGAACUUGAGGAUAACCUAAAGAAAAACAUCUCUGAGAUAAAGGAACUGAUAAACCAAGCCCGGAAACAAGCCAAUUCUAUCAAAGUAUCUGUGUCUUCCGGCGGUGACUGCAUUCGAACAUACAAGCCUGAAAUCAAGAAGGGAAGCUACAACAAUAUCGUUGUCAACGUAAAGACAGCUGUGGCCGACAACCUCCUUUUUUAUCUUGGAAGUGCCAAAUUUAUUGACUUUCUGGCUAUAGAAAUGCGUAAAGGCAAAGUCAGCUUUCUCUGGGAUGUUGGAUCCGGAGUUGGACGCGUAGAGUAUCCAGAUUUGACCAUUGAUGACUCAUACUGGUACCGUAUUGAGGCAUCAAGAACUGGGAGGAACGGGACCAUUUCUGUGAGAGCCCUGGAUGGACCCAAAGCCAGCAUUGUGCCCAGUACAUACCACGCGGUGUCUCCUCCAGGGUAUACUAUUCUUGAUGUGGAUGCAAACGCGAUGCUCUUCGUUGGUGGCUUGACUGGGAAACUGAAGAAGGCCGAUGCUGUACGCGUGGUUACAUUCACUGGCUGUAUGGGAGAAACAUACUUUGACAGCAAACCUAUAGGGUUAUGGAAUUUCCGAGAAAAAGAAGGUGACUGCAAAGGAUGUACUGUCAGUCCUCAGGUAGAAGAUAGUGAGGGGACUAUUCAGUUUGAUGGAGAAGGGUACGCAUUGGUCAGCCGCCCCAUUCGUUGGUACCCCAACAUCUCAACUGUCAUGUUCAAGUUCAGGACAUUUUCUUCAAGUGCUCUCCUGAUGUACCUUGCCACACGAGACCUGAAAGAUUUCAUGAGUGUAGAACUCACCGAUGGGCAUGUAAAAGUCAGCUAUGAUCUGGGUUCAGGAAUGGCUUCCGUUGUCAGCAAUCAAAACCAUAAUGAUGGGAAAUGGAAAUCCUUCACCCUGUCAAGAAUUCAGAAACAAGCCAACAUAUCAAUUGUAGAUAUAGAUACUAACCAGGAGGAGAACCUAGCAACUUUAUCUUCUGGAAACAACUUUGGUCUUGACUUGAAAGCAGAUGACAAAAUAUAUUUUGGUGGUCUGCCAACACUGAGAAACUUGAGUAUGAAAGCAAGACCAGAAGUAAAUUUGAAGAAAUAUUCGGGCUGCCUCAAAGAUAUUGAAAUUUCAAGAACUCCAUAUAAUAUACUCAGUAGCCCUGACUACGUUGGUGUUACCAAAGGAUGUUCACUGGAGAACGUUUACACAGUCAGCUUCCCAAAGCCUGGUUUCGUAGAGCUGUCCCCUGUACCGAUUGAUGUAGGCACAGAAAUCAACCUGUCCUUCAGCACCAAGAAUGAGUCUGGGAUCAUUCUCUUGGGAAGUGGAGGGACGCCAGUACAACCUCGUAGGAAACGAAGGCAAACUGGACAGGCCUAUUAUGCGAUAUUCCUGAACAAGGGCCGUCUGGAAGUGCAUCUCUCCAUGGGGACAAGAACAAUGAGGAAAAUUGUCAUCAAACCAGAGCCGAGUCUGUUUCACGAUGGGAGAGAACAUUCCGUUCAUGUCGAGAGGACUAAAGGCAUGUUUACUGUUCAAGUCGAUGAAGACAGAAGGCAUAUGCAAAAUCUGACAGUAGAACAGGCAAUUGAAGUUAAGAAGCUUUUCGUUGGGGGUGCUCCACCUGAAUUUCAACCUCCCCCGCUCAGAAAUAUCCCUCCUUUUGAAGGCUGUGUAUGGAACCUUGUUAUAAACUCUGUCCCCAUGGACUUUGCACAGCCUGUCUCCUUCAAAAAUGCAGACAUCGGUCGUUGUGCCCAUCAGAAACCCCGUGAGGAUGAAGGUAGAGAAAUUCCAGCUGAAAUAGUUACCCAGCCAGAGCCAGUGCCCACCCCAGCCUUCCCUACACCCACCCCAGUUGUGGCACAGGGUCCUUGUGCUGCGGAAGCAGAACCAGCUCUUUUGAUAGGGAGCAAGCAGUUUGGGCUUUCGAAAAACAGUCACAUUGCGAUUGCCUUCGAUGACACCAAAGUUAAAAACCGCCUCACAAUCGAGUUUGAAGUGCGCACGGAAGCUGAAUCAGGCCUGCUUUUUUACAUGGCUCGGAUCAAUCAUGCUGAUUUUGCUACCGUUCAGUUGAGAAAUGGAUUGCCCUACUUCAGUUAUGACUUGGGAAGUGGUGACACCAACACCAUGAUCCCCACCAAGAUCAACGAUGGUCAGUGGCACAAGAUUAGGAUUAUGCGAAUUAAGCAAGAAGGAAUUAUUUAUGUAGAUGAUGCUUCCAACAGAACCAUCAGUCCCAAGAAAGCUGAUAUCCUAGAUGUUGUGGGGAUGCUGUAUGUUGGCGGACUGCCCAUCAACUAUACCACCCGAAGAAUUGGUCCAGUGACCUACAGCAUUGAUGGCUGCAUCAGGAAUUUUCAGAUGGCGGAGGCCCCUGUAGAUCUUGAACAACCAACCUCCAGUUUCCACGUUGGAACGUGUUUUGCUAAUGCUCAGAAAGGAACAUAUUUUGAUGGAACAGGUUUUGCCAAAGCAGUUGAUGGGUUCAAAGUGGGAUUGGACCUUCUUGUAGAAUUUGAAUUCCGCACAACUAGAACCACUGGAGUUCUUCUAGGAAUCAGCAGCCAGAAAAUGGAUGGAAUGGGUGUCGAAAUGAUUGAUGAAAAGCUUAUGUUUCAUGUGGACAAUGGUGCCGGCCGAUUCACCGCUGUCUAUGAUGCUGGGAUCCCUGGGCAUUUGUGUGAUGGACAAUGGCAUAAAGUCACAGCCAACAAGAUCAAACACCGCAUUGAGCUGACAGUAGAUGGGAACCAGGUGUUAGCCCAGAGCCCCAACCAGGCAUCCACAUCAGCUGAUACAAAUGACCCCGUGUUUGUUGGAGGAUUCCCAGAUGGCCUCAAUCAGUUUGGCCUGACAACCAACAUUAGGUUCCGAGGUUGCAUCCGAUCUCUGAGGCUCACGAAAGGCACAGGCAAGCCGCUGGAGGUCAAUUUUGCCAAGGCCCUGGAACUAUGGGGCGUUCAACCUGUAUCAUGCCCAGCCAACUAAUAGGUUUAACUCCAAGAAAGGCCCUUCAAAAUAAGUAUAUCAAGUAAAAGAAAUAUAUCUCACCUAUAUAUGUUAUUAAAACUAAUUUGUGCAUGUAUGUUGAAUUAUUUCUGUACUGGCGCUGAUUCUGAUGGCGCUGAUUCAGAGCCCAGACCGACUUUAAAUUCAACUUAAGUCCAUGAAUAUUAAACCAAUUAUUUCAUUCUAAAUAAUUGCUUGUUUUGUGUGAUUUUAAAGAUGAAAGGCAACUGACCAUAAAUUAUUGAAUUUGCAACAUGCCUUGAAGUCAUCUCAAGAAAAGCUGAGAUGUAAUUUGUGAAUGCAACUUUUUGAUUGUUUUUAUUAACUCCUAUUAAAACUUUUUUCAUCCUUUUCCAUGUACAUCAUCUUUGGCUUUCUGUUCAGGCCACUAAAAGCAACAAUGGAUUUGGCAUGUUUGGGAGGAAAUCAGCUCCUUACUCCCUAUGUUUGAGAAAGCAUUAGCAAAUCAUUUCCCUGAUGUAGGUUUAUUAUUAGAGAGUUUAACUAGCCAUAUGAAUGAAUACUUUUUUUGUGCUGAGCAUGUAUUUAGAGAGUAUAGAUCAGAUUCUGGCAAGAGAGCUUAAUUACUUGAUUUUCUUGUUUGAUAAUGAUUUAUAGGCUUUGGGGAGACACCAGAACCAAGCUCCAGAAUGACAAUUAAGCACACAUUUGAUACUGUAUUACUGAGACUAUGGGCUCCUUAAAUUUUCAGUGAAUAUCACAGUAUACAUAAUCACAGAGGAAUAAUGCUGAAAUGCAUUUUUACUUACCAGGGAACAAUAAACCAGAAACUUAAUAGAAGUACA